UCCAAAGCACAAAUGGUUUGAACAAGCUUCCUCAUGGUAAUGGCAGCAUUUCUGCUAUCUUUCCUUUAGCUUUAUGAAAUGCUCCCAUGGCUCAUGAAACAUCUCCCAGGGCCCCACAAGAAGACCAUGUCCUGCACAGAGAUGGUGCUUUCAUUUGCAAAGGAGGAGAUAGAGAAGCAUAAGGAGCAUAAGUCUCUGCAUGAGCCACAGGAUCUCAUUGAUUUCUAUCUACUUCAGAUGGAGAAAAGCAGGAAUGACCCAGAGUCCACCUAUGAUGAAGAAAACUUGGCCCAGUGCAUUUUUGACCUCUUUAUAGGAGGGUCGGAAACAACUAGGAGUUCUCUGAAGUGGGCACUUCUCCUCCUGGCAAGUCAUCCAGAUAUCCAAGAUAAAAUGCACAAGGAAAUAGAAGAUGUCAUAGGUUCUGCUCACUCAAUCUGCUAUCAAGACAAGAAGAAACUGCCCUACACGAAUGCUGUGAUUCAUGAAAUACAGCGCUUUAAAUUUGCCAGUUUUUGGGGGUUCCCUAGGCAAUGUGCAAAGGAUUUCAAGCUGCGUGGUUUUCUCAUUCCCAAGGGGACUAUUAUUGUUCCCGAUCUACGCUCUGUUCUUCUUGAUCCAACACGAUGGGAGACACCUGCAGAGUUCAACCCAAAUCAUUUUUUGGACAAGGAUGGACAAUUCGUGAACAGAGAAGAAUAUCUCCCAUUUGGUGCAGGGGCUCGCAUUUGUUUGGGAAUGAAGAUUGCAAAGAUCGAAAUAUUCAUCUUCCUGACCAGCCUGCUGAGAGCAUUCAGUUUUCAGCUGCCAGAAGGAGUCAAAGAGCUCAAUCAAGAGGCUAUACUAGGGAUUAUAGCACAUCCCCAUCCGUAUAAACUCUGUGCAGUUCCCCGCUGCAACACAUAAAAAAAUAGGAAAAUAUUAGGGGCUGCACCCCUGCUUCCUGCACUCGGUGACCCCUUGGCCACUCCUGACACAUGAACCCCCUAGCAUUUCCCCUUCCCUU